AUGCCCGGUUUAGACAAGACUCGGUUCAUCGACGUGUCGGAGCGGGACUUGGAUCAGGUCUCAUGCGGUCUGUGUUCAGCCGUAUUUGACGACCCGGUGCUCAGCCACUGUUGCCCACAGAUCUACUGCAAAGACUGUCUGCACGACUGGUUGCGGCGGUACAACACCUGUCCCAACGAGUGCCCCGCCAUCAGCCAUAAGGACAUCGUGUCGGCGCCCAAAGUCCUACUCAAAGCCCUACACGACCUGAAAAUACGCCAUAAGGACAUCGUGUCGGCGCCCAAAGUCCUACUCAAAGCCCUACACGACCUGAAAAUACGGUGCGAUUUUCACACUAAUGGCUGCAAAACUGUGCUUAAACUGCGGGAACUGUCCGAACACAGGCAGAGUUGCGGCUUCAAAGCGCCCGAACCUCAAGACCCGCAACAACUGUGCGCCACUUGCGGUCAGUCCUACUCAGCCGUUGGCGCCGACACUCGCCGUCACAACUGUAUAGAGAGUCUGAAGCGUAAACUCGAUGCCAUUCAUACAGAAAAUCAUCAUUUGUGUCGCGAAAACAAUGAGAUUAAGAGUGAAUUGGAUUUAAUGAAACUCAUCGCCCAUUCAACCGAUGAUGAGACCCAUACGCACGACUAUACGGGCAAAUACGAACUAACCCGAUCCAUCAACCAUGAUCAAAUACUACGCAAAGUGGGUGCGGGCCAGACAUACAUCGACCACUGGAACAGCCAAAAACAUAGCGUACAGAUCAGCCGAUUCGGCGACGCCUACUGUAUGACCACUGGCAACGGC